CCAAAAACUAACUCUCUGUUUGUCUCACUCCCAACCCCUUCUCUCCAACUCCCUUCCUUGUUCUGCCCCUCCUUAGAGGUGUUAGCACAGACGAGUGCCGAGUGAGGAAACCAAGUCGUUGGAUCGCUUUGCGCAAAAUCCACUUCUCUCCCCUCCCUCCGCUCCAGCCUCUGGAUCCCGCACAGCCCUCCUUCCCCUCCCCCCAGCGGUGUGGGGUUGACGAUGUGUCUCUGUACUUCUAAGGUGGGAGGGGGCUACAAGCAGAGGAUACCGUCAGAUGCUUAGCUCUCUCCUUCUGCCUGACUCUCCUCUCUGGCUCCGCCAGGGUUGGUCUAUAAGAAAUAGCCGGAGCUGUGGCAGUGGCGAGAGGAAGCAGCGGAGGCGCGUAGACCCUGAAAGUCCGGGUGCUCGCGGUUACUCGCAACGCGGUCCCAGCCGGCCGGUCGUCAGCACCAUGGACAGCAGCAGCGUCCCCAAGAACGCCAGCAAUUGCACUGAUCCCUUCACGCACUCUUCAAGUUGCUCCCCGGGACCCAGCCCUAGUUCCUGGGUCAACUUCUCCCACUUAGAAGGCAACCUGUCCGACCCAUGCGGUCCGAACCGCACCGAGCUGGGCGGCAGCGACAGCCUGUGCCCUUCGACCGGCAGUCCUUCCAUGAUCACGGCCAUCACCAUCAUGGCCCUCUACUCCAUUGUGUGCGUGGUGGGUCUCUUCGGAAACUUCCUGGUCAUGUAUGUGAUUGUCAGGUACACCAAAAUGAAGACUGCCACCAACAUCUAUAUUUUCAACCUUGCUCUGGCAGAUGCCCUAGCAACCAGUACCCUGCCCUUCCAGAGUGUCAAUUACCUAAUGGGAACAUGGCCAUUUGGAACCAUCCUCUGCAAGAUCGUGAUCUCCAUAGAUUACUAUAAUAUGUUCACCAGCAUAUUCACCCUCUGCACCAUGAGCAUUGAUCGCUACAUCGCAGUCUGCCAUCCCGUCAAGGCCCUGGAUUUCCGCACCCCCCGCAAUGCCAAGAUCGUCAACAUCUGCAACUGGACCCUCUCUUCAGCCAUUGGUCUGCCUGUGAUGUUCAUGGCGACAACAAAGUACCGGCAAGGUUCCAUAGAUUGCACUCUAACAUUUUCUCACCCAACCUGGUACUGGGAAAACCUGCUGAAGAUCUGUGUUUUCAUCUUUGCUUUCAUCAUGCCUGUCCUCGUCAUUACGGUGUGUUACGGACUGAUGAUCUUACGCCUCAAGAGCGUCCGCAUGCUCUCUGGCUCCAAAGAAAAGGAUCGGAACCUGCGAAGAAUCACCAGGAUGGUGCUGGUGGUUGUGGCUGUGUUCAUUGUCUGCUGGACCCCCAUUCACAUUUACGUCAUCGUCAAAGCCUUGAUCACAAUCCCAGAAACUACUUUCCAGACUGUUUCAUGGCACUUCUGCAUUGCUCUCGGUUACACAAACAGCUGCCUGAACCCAGUCCUUUAUGCGUUUCUGGAUGAAAACUUCAAACGAUGCUUCAGAGAGUUCUGCAUCCCAACGUCCUCCACCAUUGAGCAGCAAAACUCCACUAGAAUGCGUCAGAACACCAGAGACCUCCCCUCCACGGCCAACACAGUGGAUAGGACUAACCAUCAGCUAGAAAAUCUGGAAGCAGAAACCGCUCCACUACCUUAACUGGGUCUCAUGCCAUUCAGACCCUCACUGAGCUUAGAAGCCACCAUCUAUGUGGAAGCAGGUCACUGCAAGAAUGUUGGAAAGCUCUGGUUUCCUAGGAAAGUGCCUGCUCUGAGUCAUCAAAACUCCUUCCUCUCUGGCCACUCCAUUCUGCACAUGAGAGGGACAACCAAACUAAAUCAAGCACUAGGAAGGAAAGAACCAAACCACACUGAGUUUGCUUGUGUACAUAAUCACAAGGAAGAUGCCCAAAGGGACCGAAACGUGCUGUGGUAUGUGCAUUGAGGUUACCAUCGAAGAUGGCCCUUCUGCAUGUAAUAUUGUUUUCAAGCAAACAUUUACAGUCUCAUCAAAGAAAAACCAUUAAUUACUAAAUUCACUGUAGUAACAUGUAAAGUAAACGCUACCUCUGAUCAAAGCAACUGUUGUGGAAUUCCAAG